CAGCACAUAGUGCUGCACUAUGAAGAAUAUGGUCUCCAAGGCACAAAGCAACUUGAAUCUUAAAAGCCAUGACCAAAUGUUAACAAUCUGUUAUGUGCUGACACAUGCAGCCUGCUUAUCCCAAAAAUGCUAAUUUUUACAGGGUAAGCUGCCAGCCUUACUAUUCAAAAUUUAUGUUAAAUGUUCUAGUCUCUAUUUUAACUACCAGGAAUAUCUUCACCAUACAAUGGAAAUCAGACAGUUUCUGGCUUGGCAAUUGUUUACACUGACACUGGUGGGUGAAGUAGUUUUACUUGGAGUCAAAUAAGAAAAUAAAACAAAAAUCUUAUCUAGGAAGAGGCGCCUGUUUGACAAGCUAAGUAAUGAUGAGUUGAUCUUUGCUAUUCAUGUUCCAACAUACAUACUCUUUUCUUGUGAUGAGAUUACCAUACGCAUUCUUCAAAAAGAAAAGAUUUUUCCCUCUCUGCGUUAGGACACCUUCUCUAAAGCAGGCUGUAAAUGUAUGCAAGACACAUUUAUAUAACAACAUGUAUAUCAUUAUAAAAGCAAAUGGAAAUACUGAAAUGCAUCAGAAAACACCUUAGGCUGAAAUCUUCACAGGCAGUUUUUGGAUGCUAAUUUCUGUGAAAAUGCAUGGACAGCUUUCUGCCAAAAUAAAAAACCUAUGCUGGAGAGGUCUGAGGCUUCCGCGCUCUGGGUUUCUCGAUUCAAGACCAAACAGCAAAACAGAGUUGCUACACUGUAGUGAGAAGGCAGCUUCCACAGCAUCCACCCAGAUUUGGUAGCGCUCAGUGUAGGCAGAUGCCAAGCAUUACCCUGCUCUUUAGGAAACCAGGCAUCUCAUUGCAGUCUACCCGGCACUCACGCAGGAACACGCCGAGCGCUGUGAAGGCUCUGACGGGCACUGCCCCUCUACUGGUAGGCGGCCGCGGCUCUGCCCAGCACAGAGCAGCCCUCGGGCGCCAAUCCGUCCGACCUCCUCGGCCGCCGCAUUCCGGGACGAUGCUAAGCAGCGAGCCGGUGCUUCCACCCCGCAGUCGCCGGCAGAGAGCAGCACCGGGCACGGCAGGGUGCGGUGAGUAGCCCGAGGCGCGGCCGGAGAUGUGCCCCCGGCAGCAGAGCGUCCCUCAUGGCGAGCAUGGCGGGCGGCCCGCGAGCACUGCGGGCACUGACGGGCUGCCUGCUGGGCGCCCUGGUGCUGGGCACGCUGGCGGGCAACGCUCUGGUGUGCCUGGCUGUCCUGCGCUUCCGCCACCUGCGUACUAAAGUCACCAACUGGUUUGUGCUGUCGUUGGCCGUCUCCGACCUCUGCGUGGCCAUCCUGGUGAUGCCUUGGAAGGCAGUCACUGAGGUGGCCGGUGGCUUCUGGCUCUUUGGCAGCCAUUUUUGUGACACCUGGGUAGCCUUUGACAUUAUGUGCUCCACCGCCUCCAUCCUCCACCUCUGCAUCAUCAGCCUGGACCGGUACUGGGCCAUCGCCAGCCCCUUUCGCUACGAGCGCCGGAUGACACAACGUCUGGCCUGCGCCAUGAUCGCCAUGGCCUGGGCCCUCUCCAUCCUCAUCUCCUUUGUCCCCGUGCAGCUGCACUGGCACAAAACCAAAGACAGGAGGCACCCCAGUUCCCGCUGCGACGUCAGCCUGAACCGCACCUACGCCAUCACCUCCUCCCUCAUCAGCUUCUACAUCCCUGUGGCCAUCAUGAUCGUCACCUACACCAGGAUCUAUCGCAUUGCCCAGGCCCAGAUCCGCCGCAUCUCCACCCUGGAACGAGCAGGCGGGCAGUGGCCAGCCCACAGUAAGGAGCCUGCCUCCAGUCUGCGGAGCUCCCUGCGCAAGGAGACCAAGGUGCUGCAGACUCUCUCCAUCAUAAUGGGAGUCUUUGUUUGCUGCUGGCUGCCCUUCUUCCUGCUCAACUGCCUGCUACCUUUCUGCCAGCCUGAGAGCGACAGUAACGGGCAGCCACCCUGUGUCAGCCAAACCACCUUCAAUGUCUUUGUAUGGUUUGGCUGGGCCAACUCGUCAGUGAACCCAGUGAUCUACGCUUUCAAUGCAGACUUCCGUCGGGCUUUCAGCAACCUGCUGGGCUGCCAGUCUCUCUGCUGCAGCACCACCAGGGCUGCAGUAGAGAGAGUCCACCUCAGCAAUGAGCUGGUCUCCUACCACCAGGACACCACCUGCCAAAAGGACGGAGCCACUGCCACCAUGCCACCCACCACUGUCACAGCUUGGGUGCAGCCCGGGCCCCAUACAGCGAGUCCUCAGCAGGAAGACAAAGAGGAGCUCCCCAUGAAGAAAAGGCUCAUGAGCGCCCCAACACAGGCUAUCCCAUGCAGCAGCCCCAAGUGUUGUCAUGUGACAGCCACUUCGCACUUGGACUGCGGGUCAGAGCUGCCUCUGGAGACUAUUAAUGCCUUUACAGGACUUGGCAGGCAUGAGGGACACCGUCACCCUGUUCCAGAGGGAUAAGCAACUGCAUGUUUCACACACAGAGCCAUCGCACAGAGACAGCUCACUGCCUACACAUAAAGUAUGCCUGUACUCUCAAAAAAUCCCAAACCAGAGGGAUGAGAAACAUUGUUUUUAACCCAGGGGAGUGACACAUGUAUAAACCCCAUUCUAAAAGCACACUGCAAUCACAUAUUGACCUCUUCCCACUGCCAUCUUCACCUCUUACCCUCUUUUAUAGUAGGCAGAUAUUUCCCACAUAUCUGAUUGCCCCAACUCUUCAGUCAAACUAACUUGUGAUACUGAGAAUUGUGUAAUGACAAAAUUUACAUAGAAAACUUACUCUUACAUGUAGCUACAUUCCUAAAAACAAUGGGGUUUUUUGUUGUUGGUUUUUUUUUCAUCCUCUCAUGGUUUCAUAUCAUAUAGGUACAUACAGGUCUGAAAGUUUUUGGUUUUAGUUCCGGGUUUAUUUCAAAGCCAUGUGUCUGGAUUUAUACAAAAGAAUCUGUGUUUAGGCUUUAAAAAUUUCUCAGUUAAAACAUCAUCUUAUGUUGAGUCAGAAGACUGCUCAACCCCUAGAAAAUCCAUCUGCUGUUAUGCAGGACCCCGAGCACAGUUUCAGGUAUCAAACUCUGGAAUCAGCAUUUAAUGAUGUGGAUCUAGGCUAUUCCUAGCAAUUACCCACCUUUUAACAUCACCCACUCAUCCAGAAUUUAACAGCUGUCAUUCAGUACAUUCAGUGCCUCACCUGGGGAGCAAUUCUGAACAAACCCAGUAUUACCUUAAAAGAGAUAGAUCAUUGGGUUUUUUUUUUGUUUGAUUCUCUUUAGUUAUUUUCUCAGUGAUCAUAUAUGAACUGCAUGUGGAUUCAGAAGCUAAAGGAUCAAUAUCAGUUUAUUUGAGGAUUUUUCUUGCUACAUUUCUUCCUCCUUACACAAAUCAGAAAGUCAUAUUGUAAGAGUGGCAGCAUCUUUUAUCUCCUCCAAAAGAACAAGACUGCAUUCUAAAGCUGCAAGGCAUCUCGCCUCACUCUUCUGUGUUCCACAACAGAACCAUCCUGGGAUGUCCUGGCACACCAAUAAAACAGUCCUGAUGAGCAGCCCCUCAGUGCCUACCACACUCUUAUCUCUGAUGCAAGAAAUUAUUGUUCAC